GCCCCGCCUUCAUCCUGCCUGGCGGGGGUGCGUCCUGCCAGCAUGGCCGGCGAGGGAGACAAGAGGAAGCGGUUUAUUUCGGCCACGGCUGCUAACUACUUCGGACUGGAUCCAGCUGUGGGUCCCGCUGCCCUGGCCGCGGGGCUCCAUUCCCGCCCGGAGCUGACCAACUUCCUCGACGACGGCAAUGAGUUCCUCCUCGUGGUGCAGCGCUCGGGCAUCCAGCUCACCGCAUCCAACAAGAUUGAAGCUACUGAUUCAAAGAAUAAUAUGUUGGUGUUCUUUAAGCUGCGACCUGAUGUGAUUACAGAAGAUAAUCUUCAUAGUAAUAUUCUUGUGUCAUCUAUGCUAGAUUCACCAAUUAACACCCUUUAUCAAGCUGUACGGCAAGUUUUUGCACCAGUAUUACUGAAGGAUGAGAGAUGGAGUAAAACAUUUGAACCCAAACUCCAGAAACUUUUAAGUGAGCUUGAAGCUGGCUUGAGUACUGUUCUUAGAAGAUCAGAUCCUAAUUACACAGGAACAAAAUUCAGUGAAGAUGAUGUGCAAGCUAUACUUACACCAACAGAUGAAUUUCAGUUCUGGAUAGAAUGUGCUCAUCAUGGAAGUAAAUGGUGUAGUAAAGAGAGAGCUUCUCAUUUUAAAGACCUGUUUGAGGACAUUGCAAAAGACUAUUACAACUUGGAUAGUCUCUCAUUGUUUGAAGUUGUGGAUUUGGUGGAGACUACCAAGGAUACUGUGGAUGGUGUGUGGAGACAAACAGAACAUGAUCCUUAUCCACAGCCACGCAUGCAUAAUCUCCUGGAUGUAAUAGGUGGCUCACUAGGUAGAUAUGUUCAGAGAAAAUUGGCAGCUUUGAAUUUGUGGGAGGAUGCUUUUCACGGUGUUAAAGAAAAUCUAAAGGCUGGUAUCUUGAUUUGCGAGCAGUGGGUGUCAGCUUGUGAGUACCUAACUGGACAACUGUGGCAACGUUAUACUCUACAUCCAUGGAAAAAUGAGAAAUAUUUCCCUGAAUCAUUAGCCAAACUUGGCAAACGUCUUGAUGAGGUGCUAACUGUUAGAACACUGCAUGAAAAACUUACAUUCUUUUUGCCAGCUGGAGAACAAAAUGCUUUACAUCUUGCCCAAGCGUUUGAACCCUUUGCUGGCCUAAAUCCUGUACACUAUAAUCCUUACACAGAGCCAUUAUGGAAAGCAGCAGUCUCUCAGUAUGAAAGAAUUAUUGCACCAGCGGAGCAAAAAAUAGCAGGCAAAUUGAAGAAAUUUAUUUCAGAAAUUCGGGACAGUCCUCAGCAGCUUCUUCAAACAUUUCAGAAAUAUAAGGAGCUGAUAAAGCAUCCAAAUAUAAGCAAAGAAUUGCUUUUUGAAAGGGAAACAUUGCUAGCAAGACUGCAAGAUUAUGUCAAAGAGUAUCAGACAGACUUUGAAACUCGAUGCCAUGGUGUUCCUGGUGAUGUUUCUGGACCACUGUCCGGCAAAAACCUUUCUGAAGUUGUGAAUAAUAUUGUAUGGGUACGGCAGCUGGAGCUGAAGGUGGAUGAUGCUACCAAGCUGGCAGAAGCUCUUCUGUCUGACUUACCUGGAUUUCAAACUUUUCAUCGAAGUGCAGAUUCUUUUUUGGAACAGUUAAAAGUAUAUGAACAAGAACAAUUUGAUGAUUGGUCUAGGAAUAUCCAGUCAGAAUUAUCAAAUCCUAAGUUAGGACUUUGCAUCCAAGCUAAUAGUCCAGUAAUGGAGUUGGAUCACGUUUUUGGAACAUUAAACAUACUUUAUUCAGAUCGUUUGGUGACUCUCCUAAGAGAAGUACGUCAGCUAUCAGCACUUGGUUUUGCUAUACCAGCUAAAAUACAGAAUGUUGCAAACACUGCACAAAAGUUCUGUAAGCAGGCGGUCAUCCUUAAACAGGUGGCGCAUUUUUAUAAUUCUAUUGAUCAACAAAUGAUUGCGAGUCAGAAGCCAAUGAUGUUACAAUCUGCUCUAGCAUUUGAACAGAUAAUUAAGCAUUCAAAAUCUGGUCCUGGAGGAAAAACUCAAAUAACAUGGGAUAAUCCUAGAGAAUUGGAAGCUUAUAUCCAAAAACUCCAAGCUGCUGCUGAACGGCUUUCCACUGAAAAUAGAAAACUAAGAAAGUGGCACACAAACUUCAUUGAAAAGGUUAUAUCGCUCAUGAAUAUUGAUCUACUUCGUCAGCAGCAGCGUUGGAAAGAUGGACUUCAGGAGCUCAGAACUGGUUUUGCCAGCCUUGAGUCACAGGGUUUCAGAUCAUGUGAUAUGAAAGCUUGGAGACAGCACUGGAAUCAUCAACUUUACAAAGCUCUGGAGCAUCAGUAUCAAAUGGGCUUGGAAGCACUUAAUGAGAAUUUACCAGAAAUAAAUAUUGAUCUAACAUUCAAACAAGGCCGGUUGCAAUUCAGACCUCCUUUUGAAGAAGUACGAGCUAGAUAUUAUAGAGAAAUGAAGAGAUUCAUCUCCAUUCCAAAUCAGUUUAGGGGAGUAAGUGAAGCAGAAGAAGAUUCUAUAUUCACUGUUAUGACCGAAAGAAAUGCAGAUGGGUUUCUGACUGCUUUCAGGAAAGCAGAGGAUUUGUUCAGAAGGCUGACAGAUGUUUCUAAUCAAUUCAAGGAAUGGAUCAUAAUUGGCCAAGUAGAUAUGGAAACUCUGGUGAAGACACAUCUUUAUAGCAAACAAGACUGGGAAAAAAACUUCAAAGCAUUAAAAGUGAAAGGGAAAGAAGCAGAACGUCUUCCAAGCACUAUCAGAAUAGAUUGUUUAACUGUUAACUGCAACCCUGUGAAAACUGUAAUUGAUGAUUUCAUCCAGAAGUUGUAUGAUGUUCUUGUCAUUUCUUUGAGAAAAUCUAUUCAAGCUCACAUAUGUGAUGUUUCUUCAUUUCUCACUGAUGCCAUGGACACAUUAGUGAGUAGGCCCCAGACUGUAGAGGAAGUAGCAGAAGACAAUUUGAAAUAUUUAAACCUACAUGAACGAAAAGAAGGGAUUUUUCUCCUAUUUCAAGAGGCUGAAGAUAAAAACAAACUUUUGCGAACUGUGGCUGGUGCAGGUUUGGACACUAUCUGUAACCUAAGAGCUACAUGGGAUAAAUUUGAAUUAAUGAUGGAAAGCCACCAGCUUAUGAUUACAGAACAGAUUGAAAUGAUAAAAGGAAAUGUGAUUUCACGUAUUAAUAUGUAUCUUCAAGACCUGGAAAAGUUUAAAGCUCGUUGGGAUCAGCUAAAGCCAAGUGAUGAUGUUAUUGAAGCAGGUGACCAGGAUGUGCUUGAGAAAAGUGCUCAGAUCAUAAAGGAAAAAAAAAAAGAAUUUGAUGAACUUGAAACCGUGAAACAAAAGCUCAUUGAAGAAUGCCAUCAUUUUAAAUUGGAAGAGCCUGACUUCUCAUUGUCAAAAAUUGUAUGUCAAGAUAUUAAGAGUUGUGCAGAAGUGUGGGCAUUGUAUGAAGAGUUUUAUCAAGGUUUUCAGGAAAAAGCCAAAGAAGACUGGAUUACUUUUAGGAGUAAAACAUACCUAUUUGAAGAAUUUUUGUUUAACUGGCAUGACAGAAUGAGGAAGAUGGAAGAACAUACUGUAAUGACAGUAAAGUUGCAAAAAGAAGUGGACAAAUAUAAAAUGAUAAUUCCACUCCUAAAAUACCUAAGAGGAGAACAUCUUUCUCCAGACCAUUGGCUGGAUCUCUUUCGUCUUCUGGGUCUUCCCCGAGGCACUACACUUGAGGGUUUGUUAUUUGGAGAUCUGCUAAAAGUGACGGAUGCCAUUAUAGAAAAAGCAACAGAACUUAAGGAUUUGAAUUGUCGGGCCCAAGGUGAAGUCACAAUCAGAGAAGCAUUACGUGAGCUUGAACUCUGGGGAGUUGGAGCUGUUUUUACAUUAACAGAUUAUGAAGAUAGCCAAGGCAAGACUAUCAAGCUUAUUAAAGACUGGAAGGACAUAGUCAACCAAGUUGGAGAUCAUCGCUGUCUUCUACAGUCCCUCAAGGACUCUGCAUAUUACAAAGGUUUUGAAGAUAAAGUGUCCAUCUGGGAAAAAAAGCUGGCUGAGUUGGAUGAGUAUCUGCAGAAUUUAAACCAAAUUCAAAGGAAAUGGGUCUAUUUGGAACCGAUAUUCGGUCGUGGAGCUCUGCCCAAAGAACAGGCUCGUUUUAACAAAGUUGAUGAAGACUUUAGAUCCAUUAUGUCAGAUAUCAAGAGUGACAGUAGGAUAACAUCACUGAAUGUCUGGACAGGAAUAAGAAAUACCUUAAUUACCAUACUUGACCAGCUUCAGAGAUGUCAGAGAUCUUUGAAUGAGUUUUUGGAGGAAAAGCGCUUGGCAUUUCCAAGAUUCUAUUUCAUUGGAGAUGAUGACUUACUAGAAAUUUUAGGACAGUCCACAAAUCCUCUGGUUAUCCAGUCUCAUCUUAAGAAACUUUUUGCUGGCAUUAAUAGUGUGAGCUUUGAUGAAGAAUUUAAAAACAUAGUUGCCAUGAAGUCUGUAGAAGGAGAAACUGUGCCACUUAGAAAUAAAGUUCUUCUGUCAAAUGAAGUGGAGGUGUGGCUAAACAGUUUGGCUUUGGAGAUGAAGGAGACCCUGAAAAAAAUGUUAAUUGACUGUGUUGAUGCUGGAAAAAGAUCACAAUGUUCAAUUGAUCCAUCGCUAUUUCCUUCCCAGAUUCUUUCUUUGGCAGAACAAAUUCAGUUCACUGAAGAUGUUGAAAGUGCUAUCAAAGACCAUAAUCUGCAACAAUUAGAAUUAGAACUCAUGGCUAAACUGGAACAUUAUACUAGCAUGGCUACUAGUAUAGAAGAUACUGGGAGUACAGAAUCAGGAAUCCUUGAGCUCAAGCUUAAAGCUCUGAUUCUUGAUAUCAUUCAUAACAUUGAUGUGGUGAAGCAGCUGAAUCAAGCUCAGGUUCACAAUGUUGAAGACUGGGCUUGGAAGAAGCAGCUGAGAUUUUACAUAAGAGACCAAAGAUGUUAUGUUCAGAUGGUAGAUGCUGAACUCCAAUAUACUUAUGAAUAUCAGGGUAAUUCCCCUAAACUUGUUUAUACACCUUUGACAGAUAAGUGUUACCUAACUCUUACUCAGGCAAUGAAGCUGGGCCUUGGAGGAAAUCCAUAUGGUCCAGCUGGAACUGGAAAGACAGAAUCAGUGAAGGCCUUGGGUGGACUCCUUGGAAGACAAGUAUUAGUCUUUAAUUGUGAUGAGGGCAUUGAUGUGAAGUCAAUGGGACGCAUAUUUGUGGGCUUAGUGAAGUGUGGUGCCUGGGGCUGUUUUGAUGAAUUCAAUAGACUUGAGGAAGCUGUAUUGUCUGCAGUAUCCAUGCAGAUUCAGACAAUUCAACAUGCAUUGAAGAAACAUAGUCCUGUAUGUGAGAUGCUUGGCAAAAAGGUUGAAAUGGAUCAUAAUUCUGGAAUUUUUAUCACUCUGAAUCCUGCUGGAAAAGGUUAUGGAGGAAGACAAAAACUGCCUGAUAACCUCAAACAACUUUUCAGGCCAGUUGCUAUGACUCAUCCAGACAAUGAACUCAUUGCAGAAGUGAUUUUGUAUUCAGAAGGCUUUAAGGAUGCUAAAAUACUUGGUAGAAAAUUAGUGGCUAUUUUUAGUCUGGCAAGGGAGCUUCUGACACCACAGCAGCACUAUGAUUGGGGUUUACGAGCACUGAAGACCGUUUUGAAAGGCUGUGGCAGUCGUCUUCAUCAGCUGAAGAAAAGUGAAGCAAAGCAAGAAAUUAAUGAAAGUCAUAUGGUGGUUCAAGCUCUGCGGCUUAAUACCAUGUCAAAGCUUACAUUUGCAGACUGUGCACGUUUUGAUGCACUGGUUAAGGAUGUAUUUCCUGGCAUUGACUUUAAAGAUGUGGAGUAUGCUGAGUUAACUACAGCUUUACAACAAGUCUUUGAAGAAGCAAACUUGGAAAUUAUAAGCACCCAGAUCAAGAAGGCUUUGGAAUUACAUGAACAACUGCGUCAAAGAAUGGGUGUAGUUAUUGUAGGUCCAAGUGGUGGAGGUAAAUCAACACUUUGGCGGAUGUUAAAGACAGCACUUGGUAGAACUGGCAAAGUAGUGAAACAGUAUACUAUGAAUCCCAAAGCUAUGCCUCGACAUCAGUUGCUAGGCCAUAUUGACAUGGAUACCAGAGAAUGGUCUGAUGGCGUGCUUACAAAUAGUGCUCGACAAGUGGUACGAGAACCCCGAGAUAUUACUUCAUGGAUAAUUUGUGAUGGUGAUAUUGAUCCUGAAUGGAUUGAAUCUUUGAAUUCUGUUUUGGAUGACAACAGAUUGUUGACUAUGCCCAGUGGAGAAAGAAUUCAAUUUGGCUCAAAUGUCAACUUUAUAUUUGAAACUCAUGACCUUAGCUGUGCCUCUCCUGCUACAAUAUCUCGAAUGGGAAUGAUCUUUCUGAGUGAUGAAGAUACAGAUCUUAAUUCUCUGAUAAAGUCUUGGCUAAGAAGUCAGCCUGAAAAAUGCAGAUAUAACCUUGAAAAUUGGAUUGGGGACUAUUUUGAAAAGGCUUUAAACUGGGUUGUGAAGAAGAAUGACUCUGUGGUAGAAACAAGUUUAGUUGGAACUGUGAUGAAUGGACUGUCUCAUCUUCAUGGCUGUACCGAUCAUGGACAGUUUAUUAUUAACUUGUUACGUGGUCUUGGUGGCAAUCUCAACAUGAAAUCACGACAAGAAUUUGCAAAAGAGAUCUUCACUUGGGCACAAGAAUCUCCACCAGAUCCAAGGAAGCCGCUGGACACAUAUUAUGACACUGGGACUGGACAGCUAAUGCUAUAUCAGCUAAAAAAACCUGAAAAUCUAACAGCUGAUGACUUCAGUAAUCUCCAAACACUUCCCGUCAUCCAAACCCCUGACAUGCAAAGAGGUUUAGAUUACUUUAGACCCUGGCUAGACUUUAACAAUAAGCAGCCAUUUCUUCUUGUGGGUCCUGAAGGAUGUGGAAAGGGGAUGCUGCUUCAUUAUGCAUUUUCUCAACUCCGAUCAACUCAGAUUGCUACCAUUCACUGCAGUGCACAAACUACUUCUCAACAGCUUCUACAAAAAUUAAAUCAAACUUGCAUUGUAAUCAGUACAAACACUGGGCGAGUAUACAGACCAAAGGACUGUGAAAGGCUUGUUUUGUACUUAAAGGAUAUCAAUCUACCUAAACCUGAUAAAUGGGGAACAAGCACUCUCGUGGCUUUUCUACAGCAGGUUCUUACAUAUCAAGGAUUUUAUGAUGAAAAUCUGGAAUGGGUUGGUUUAGAAAACAUUCAGAUUGUGGCUUCCAUGUCUGCUGGAGGAACAUUAGGAAGACAUAAACUUACCUCCAGAUUUACUUCUAUUGUUCGUGUCUGUGCAAUUGACUAUCCAGAAAGAGACCAACUGCAAACUAUUUAUAGUGCCUACUUGGAACCUGUACUACAGAAAAACCUAAAGAAUCACCCUGUUUGGGGUUCCUUACCAAAAAUACAUCAGCUAGCAGGAUCUAUGGUUCAAGUAUAUGAACAGGUACGAGUGAAAUUCACAGUUGAUGACCACAGUCAUUACCUUUUUACACCACGUAUUCUUACUCAGUGGGUUCUUGGUUUAUUCAGAUAUGAUUUAGCAGGUGGAUCAUUGAUACAAACUGCAGACUAUGUAUUGGAAAUCGUUGCUUACGAAGCACGUCGUUUGUUCCGUGACAAAAUUGUUGGCAUGAAAGAACUUCACGUAUUUGAUAAUGUUUUGAUGAAAGUGUUUCAAGGUGAUUGGGGCUCAGAUGUUCUGGACAAUAUGGCAGAUAUCUUCUAUGUAACUUGGGGAGCUUGUCAAGAGGCAUUCAUCGCACCAGGACAGGCACUACCACCACAUGGGAGGCCACUUGGCAGGCUAAACUCAACAGACCUGAAAGAUAUUAUUCAAAAAGGUAUUAUUCAUUAUGGGCGAGACAAAAAAGAGAUAGAGAUUUUACUGUUCCAAGAAGUCCUCAGUUAUAUGUCUAAAGUGGACAGAGUUCUGAGUUUUCCUGGAGGAUCACUUCUUUUGGCAGGACGGAGUGGUGUAGGUCGACGAACAGUUACCUCUUUAGUUAGUCAUAUGCACGGAGCUGUUCUGAUUACUCCCAAAAUUUCCAGAGGCUAUGAGCUGAAGCAGUUCAAAAAUGAUCUUAAAUAUGGGAUGGAGCUUGCAGGCAUUGAAGCACAGCAGGUGGUAUUGUUGCUCGAAGACUAUCAAUUUGUUCAUUCCACGUUCCUUGAGAUGAUCAACAGUUUACUGUCUUCAGGAGAAGUUCCUGGGCUAUAUAAAAUAGAAGAAUUAGAACCAUUGCUAUCUCCUCUGAAGGAUCAAGCUUCACAAGAUGGAUUUACAGGACCAAUUUUCAACUAUUUCACGUGCCGGAUCCAACAAAAUCUGCAUGUUGUCUUGAUCAUGGAUUCUACCAAUUUAAAUUUCACAAUAAACUGUGAAAGUAAUCCAGCACUAUACAAGAGAUGUCAGGUUUUGUGGAUGGAAACCUGGUCAGAAAACAGUAUGAAAAAGAUACCUGAAAUGCUUCUGUAUGAUUCAGAUGAACAAGAAAAGACUGGAAAAGCACAUAAGGAACUUAAGAAAAAACAUUCAGGUGAUUCUGAUUUUCUGAAGUCGUUUCUGGCAAUCCAUGAAUCGUGUAAAAUGUAUGGAGCAACGCCUAGCCGGUAUAUGACAUUCCUUCAUAUAUACAGUACCAUCAAUAACAGUAAAAGAAGAGAGCUAAUAAAAAGGCAGAACCACUUGCAGGCAGGUGUUUCAAAGCUGAAUGAAGCUAAAGCCCUGGUAGAUGAACUGAACAGAAAAGCUGGAGAACAAAGCAUUUUACUCAAAACAAAGCAGGAUGAGGCUGAUGCUGCCCUUCAGGAAAUUACAGUAUCUAUGCAGAGUGCUAGUGAGCAAAAAACAGAAAUGGAAAAAAUAAAACACAGGAUAGCAGAAGAGGCUGCAAAAAUAGAAGAAAGAAAAAGAAAAAUUGAAGAUGAACUAAAAGAGGUUCAGCCACUGGUUAAUGAAGCUAAAUUAGCAGUUGGAAAUAUAAAGCCAGAGUCUUUGUCAGAAAUCCGGUCACUACGGAUGCCCCCUGACAUAAUCAGAGACAUACUAGAAGGAGUUUUACGGCUGAUGGGGAUUUUUGAUACAUCAUGGGUGAGCAUGAAGAGUUUCUUGGCCAAAAGAGGUGUGAGGGAGGACAUAGCAACCUUUGAUGCCCGUAAUAUUCCAAAAGAAAUACGAGAGAGUGUUGAAGAACUUCUUUCUAAAAACAGAACAUCUUUUGAUCCAAAGAAUGCCAAACGUGCCAGUGCUGCAGCUGCUCCAUUAGCAGCUUGGGUAAAUGCCAAUGUCCAGUAUUCCCAUGUUCUAGAACGAAUUCAGCCUUUGGAAAAAGAAAAGGCUGGCUUGGAAGCUAAUCUCAAGAAAACAGAAGACAGGAAACAGAAGUUAGAAGAUCUUCUGAACUCUGUUGGUCAAAAAGUGUCAGAACUGAAGGAUAAGUUCCAGAGUAGAACAACAGAAGCAGCAAAACUUGAAGCAGAACUAAGUAAAGCUCAGAAAACAUUGAAAGCUGCAGAGGUACUGAUAAAUCAACUCGAUAGGGAACACAAAAGAUGGAGCACCCAGGUGUCAGAGAUAACAGAUGAACUGGCUACGUUGCCUAAAAGAGCUCAGUUAGCAGCUGCAUUUAUUACCUACCUCUCUGCUGCUUCUGAGGAUCGGAGGAAAACCAGCUUGGAUGAAUGGACCAAAUCAGCAGGCCUUGAAAAGUUCGAUUUACGGCGGUUCCUGUGUACAGAAAGUGAGGAGUUAGUUUGGAAAAGUGAAGGUUUACCUUCAGAUGACCUUUCAAUAGAAAAUGCUCUUGUCAUCUUGCAGAGUAAAGUUUGCCCAUUUUUGAUAGACCCUUCUUUCCGGGCGACUGAAUGGUUGAAGACACAUUUGAAGGAAUCACGUUUGGAAGUUAUUAACCAACAGGACACCAACUUCCUAACUGCUCUUGAGCUGGCAGUGAGAUUUGGGAAAACACUUAUUAUACAGGAAAUGGAUGGAGUGGAGCCUGUACUUUACCCGUUGCUAAGAAAAGAUCUUGUUGCUCAAGGACCCCGUUAUGCUAUACAAAUAGGUGAAAAAAUGAUAGAUUAUAAUGAGGAGUUCCGUCUUUUUCUAUCAACAAGGAAUCCAAAUCCCUUCAUUCCACCUGAUGCUUCUUCUAUUGUUACAGAAGUAAACUUUACUACAACAGGAAGUGGCUUAAGAGGACAGCUUUUGGCUUUAACAAUUCAGCACGAAAAGCCUGAUUUGGAAGAGCAGAAGACAAAACUGUUAGAACAAGAAGAAGAUAAGAAGAUACAGUUAGCUAAGCUUGAGGAAUCUCUUUUGGAGACACUUGCAACAUCACAAGGCAAUAUACUAGAAAAUAAGGAUCUGAUUGAAUCUUUGAAUCAGACUAAAGCAAGUAGUGCACUCAUCCAAGAAUCACUUGCUGAAUCUCACAGACUUCAGAGUUUCCUUGAUAAGGAGAGGGAUGCCUAUCUCCCUUUAGCUGAGAGUGCCAGCAAGAUGUACUUUAUUAUCUCUGACUUGUCCAAAAUUAAUAAUAUGUACCGUUUUAGUUUGGCGGCUUUUCUGCGGCUUUUCCAAAGGGCUUUGCAAAGCGAGCAGGAUUCAAGUAAUACUGAGGAAAGAAUCAAGUCACUUAUUGGCUCAUUGAAACAUACAGUGUAUGAAUAUGUUUGUCGCUGUUUGUUUAAGGCUGAUCAGCUAAUGUUUGCUCUACAUUUUGUACGAGGGAUGCACCCUGAACUUUUUCAAGAGAAUGAAUGGGAGACUUUUACAGGUGUGAUCAUUGGAGAUACUGUAAGAAAAUCGGAUUCACAAAGAAGUGUUCGUGACCAGAUUCCCUCUUGGAUAGAACAGGACCGAGCCUGGGCAGUAGCAUCUUUGAAGAUUUCUCUCCCGGGUCUCUAUCAGACACUUUGCUUUGAAGAAGAAGGCCUGUGGCACACUUUUUCUCAGAGCUCUGUGUGUGAACAAGACUUUCCAUCUACUAUUGUAAAAAGAAUUUCCUUAUUUCAGCAGGUACUUGUGGUCCAGGCUGUCCGACCAGACAGGCUACAGAGUGCCAUGGCUUUUUUUGCAUGUAAAACCCUAGGAAUAAAAGAAUUAUCUCCAUCACCUCUGAAUUUGAAACGUCUGUAUAAAGAGACUCUGGAAAUUGAGCCCAUCCUGAUAAUUAUUUCUCCUGGUGCUGAUCCUUCUCAAGAGUUGCAAGAACUUGCCAGUGUUGAAAGAAAUACUGACUGCUACCAUCAGAUUGCAAUGGGCCAAGGCCAAGCUGACUUGGCUAUUCAAACUUUAAAAGAAUGUGCACGCAAUGGAGAAUGGCUGUGUUUAAAGAACCUGCAUCUUGUUACAUCUUGGCUUCCUGUAUUAGAAAAGGAACUGAAUACAUUACAACCUCAACCAAACUUUCGCCUUUGGCUUACUGCUGAAGUUCAUCCAAAAUUUACCCCGAUUUUGCUUCAAUCAAGUCUGAAAAUAACUUAUGAAGCACCUCCAGGCCUCAAAAAGAAUCUGUUGCGUACGUAUGAAUCUUGGACACCAGAGCAAAUUAAUAAAAAGGGAAAUUUGUCUCGAGCACAUUCGCUCUUUUGUUUAGCAUGGUUUCAUGCUGUAUGCCAAGAAAGAAGAAAUUACAUUCCUCAGGGUUGGACCAAGUUUUAUGAAUUUUCUUUAUCUGAUCUCCGUGCUGGUUUUGACAUUAUUGAUAGACUCUUUGAGGGUUCCAAAGAUUUUCAGUGGGAAUUUGUGCAUGGCUUGUUUGAAAAUGCAAUUUAUGGAGGCCGUGUAGAUAAUUACUUCGAUAUGAGAGUUCUUCGGUCCUACUUGGAGCAGCUUUUCAAUUCACGAGUCAUUGGCAGUUUAAAUGCUAGAGGCAGGAAGAUGACUAGCUUCCCACAUUUGAUGUCUUUACCGAAUUCCUGCAGUAUUUUGGAUUAUCGUAAUACUAUUGAAAGCCUUCCAGAAGAUGAUAAACCUGACUUUUUUGGCCUGCCUGCUAAUAUUGCUCGUUCAUCACAACGUAUUAUCAGUUCCCAGGUCAUUUCACAGCUUCGGAUCCUGAGCAGGUCAGUAACUGCUGACUGCAAAUUUGAUAGAGAAAUAUGGUCUACUGAACUUUCUCCUGUUCUCAACCUAUGGAAGAAACUUAAUCAGAAUUCUAACCUGAUUCAUCAGAAGGUAUCUCCUCCUGUGGAGCAGCAAGGAUCCCCAAUCUUAUCAUUUGUUACUCUGGAACAAUUCAAUGCCAUUCGCCUUGUGCAAAGUGUCCAUCAGUCACUUGCUUCUUUAAGUAAAGUCAUCAGAGGUACUUCAUUACUGAGUUCUGAAGUACAAAGACUAGCAAGUGCUCUGCUAAAUCAGAAAUGUCCCGUCUCAUGGCAAACCAAGUGGGAAGGUCCAGAAGAUCCUUUACAAUAUCUUAGAAGUCUUGUAGCUCGAGCACUUGCUAUACAGAAUUGGGUAGAAAAAGCAGAGAAACAGAAGCUACUGUCAGACACCCUUGACCUUUCAGAACUGUUUCAUCCAGACACAUUUCUUAAUGCGUUACGCCAGGAGACUGCAAGAAUAAUGAGCUGCUCAGUGGACAGCCUUAAAUUUACAGCAUCAUGGAAAGGGCGAAUACAGGAAGGCAAACUCCAAGUUAAGAUCAGUGGCUUACAACUGGAAGGUUGCAGUUUUGAUGGAAAUCGACUUUCAGAAAAUCUGCAUGAUUCUCCCAGUGUGUCAUCUGUUCUCCCUUGUUACAUGGCCUGGAUUCCACAGGAUGCAUGUGGUCCAUAUUCUCCAGAGGAAUGCAUAUCUUUACCAGUCUACACGAGCGUGGAGAGAGACCGGGUGGUGACAAAUAUUGAUGUACCUUGUGGAGGAAACCAAGACCAGUGGAUUCAAUGUGGCGCUGCUUUAUUUUUAAAAAAUCAGUAAUCUGAAACUGCAUUAAAUUAACUCUUGAAGUUAAGAAUCAUUUAACCAUCUCAGUUGUUUCUUAUUAAAAGAAAACUUUAGAUUCGUUGCUUAUACAUUUUUAAAGCAAUGGUUUAUAAAUUCCCCUGUUUAUUUUUUUAAAUAUAUAAAAUUAAUUCUACUUAAAUAGAACUUCAUUGUAUCUUUGUGGGAUAUUGUAAAAGUUAACAUGGCACUAUUUAGCAAACUGUUAAUUUGGGUCGUUUCUCUAGAUUGUAAUGUGCUGUAUUUCUUUCUCAGACUUGCUGAAAUCUCUUAUGUUUUGCCCAUAAAUAUUGAAUAUAAAUUCAAAGUCAGCAUUUUUUCUUUGAUCAGUUUUUUUCAUUAUCCUUUUUGAACUGUUAUUCUUAUGCCUCCAUUAUUUAAUAAAAUAAAAUGUUAAAACUUACCUGUUGUAAUUGAAAUUGAAUGUUUUACUUGAAUAUAAAAAUCAGGAUAAAUGUUCAGUCUGUUUUAAUGGUGUUUUACUUGUAAUCAUAUUUCUUUGUAUUGGUAGUAAAUAAUAGGAGCUUCAUAAACUUCACAUGGAGUUACAAAUUCAGUUAGACUACCAUCGUGGUUGUUAUUUAGAAUUUACUGAAAAAAAAACAUUUUGUGAAACUGUACUAAAUUCCAGUAAGAAUGUGAACAUAAAUCCCCAAGAUAGACAAACAAUUCCUUAGACAAACAAAAGAGGUUCUCACCCAGUUGUUAAGUGAUAAGCAGAGGGAUAUAAUAAUGCUUUUGGUCUGUGAUGUGAGAGACCCCUGGAGUCUUUUUCUUAGUGCAGGAUACUCAAGUUUGAUUUCAUUGAUUGAUGAUGUAUCAUCUUGGGAUGCUGCCAUAGCUUUGGUGUGCAGUUGGACAAAAUCCCAAAAGAAGCAGGAAACCCCAAAUCCAGCAGGAGGCAGCAUUACUGAAGAAUGAUGAAGUCUCAACAUAAGAGUUGAAAGUGCCUGUUUUUUAACUGCAAUUACAGAGUCACCUCAUGAAGAUAUCUUUAAAAGACAAAAGCAUAAAAACACUUUCUAAGUUUGCUUAGCAAACAAAACAGAUGUCUUGGCAUUCAUAUCUAUGAUAGAUUUAAUAUCUAUUUUAAAGUAGUAUUUAAAUUAACACUGUAUUUCACUUGCUUGAUAUUUUACAUUGGUGGUUUGAGGGAGGGAGGAAAGCAGAGAAAAGAUUGGCCACAUCUCCAGGUUAGCUUCCUGAAGAAAGUCUUUUUCUCUGUUCUGCUCUAUUGUUUAUCCCUUAAACUUGGUCUUUUGUCUGCAAAGUUUCCCAUUUUAGUUCUUCUUCUAAUAAAAAGAUGUCCUAAAAUGAUUUGAUACAAGUGCACAUACAUUUUAAAAAUUGAAUCCUAUCUAAAAGCAGAAUAGAUUUACUUGAUAAUUUUCAGAUAAUUGUCUUGUUUUCCUUUAUACAUUUGACUCUGAUUCACUGAAGAAUAAAGAUGUAGCAAAUUUGGAAAUAGUUGUCUGCGAAGAAAAUUUUGGAAGAAAGUGACAAA